CACUUAUCCCAUUGGCUCCAAUCGCAGAAACUUCUCCUUCACUUCUUCUUGUGGUGGCGACGACACAGAGUCUUUUCCAACACAAGAAACGUUGCCACAAGUUGUCAGAAGUACCUGUUCGAGACUUUUCUCAGCAGAUUAGUUAGUCUGGCUAAUAUCAAAAACCCUCUAAAAGGAAGCGUUUAAAAGUAGCCUUGUCAGAAAGGCUAACCAGCACCAAAGAAACCAACCAACACCAGGGCCACUGGAAACUCUACUCCUCUCUUGGACCGUGCUGUCAGCAUGGCGGAAAAGCCUGCGCUAGACAGCAACGAGGACGGAGCCUGGCUGGCUGAGGGUCAGUCCGAAACUCAGCUUAUGGGUGGUCCUGAUGGACUUGAGGCAAAUGAUGCAGACAGGCCAGCGUGGGACUCCAAGAUCCAGUAUGUGUUGGCCCAGGUGGGGUUCAGCGUGGGCUUAGGGAAUGUAUGGAGGUUCCCGUACCUUUGCCACCAAAAUGGAGGGGGGGCCUUCAUGCUGCUGUAUGUUUUUCUUUUGGUGAUUGUGGGGGUCCCACUGUUUUUUAUGGAGUUGGCAGCUGGCCAGAGCAUUCGGCAGGGCAGCAUCGGUGUAUGGAAGCACAUCUCCCCUAAACUGGCAGGGAUUGGCUACUCCAGCUGCAUGGUCUGUUUUUACGUGGCCCUGUACUACAAUGUUAUCAUUGCAUGGAGCCUGUUCUAUAUGGGUAAUUCUUUUCAGUAUCCUCUGCCAUGGGAGCAGUGUCCAGUUGAUGUGACCACUAAUGAUACAGUUAAAGAAUGUGCAAGUAGCUCCCCGACGUCCUAUUUCUGGUUUCGGAAAGCUCUCAACAUCACGAAUUCCAUCGAAGAAUCCGGAGAGUUUAACCCCAUCAUGACAGGUUGUUUGUUGGCUGCUUGGGCAAUUGUCUCCUUGGCUAUGAUCAAGGGCAUCAAGUCCUCUGCAAAGGUGAUGUACUUUUCCUCAGUCUUUCCCUAUGUGGUGCUCUUUAUUUUCCUCAUCAGAGGGUUGAUGUUGGACGGUGCGAUGGAAGGAAUCACCUAUAUGUUUUAUCCUAAACUGGAAAUCUGGGGUAAUGUGCAGGUGUGGCGACAGGCUGCCACGCAGGUGUUUUUCGCCCUUGGCCUGGGCUAUGGCUCUGUUAUCGCGUAUUCCUCCUACAAUCCAGUCCACAACAACUGCCACAGGGACGCCCUGAUGGUCUCCGCCAUCAACUUCAUGACCUCUGUGCUGGCCUCGCUGGUGGUUUUUGUCGUGCUGGGUUUCCGUGCCAAGACCAUCGCACAACGCUGCAUUGCUGAAAAUCUUGGUGCACUAACAUCCAUGACAUCCCAUGGAUCUAACCAGCACUGGUGGCCUUGGUUCAAUAUGACAGAUCCAAGCUCUGUGUCUAUAACUGACUACAGAGAGUGGUACAGUCACUACAGCUCCAUGGUGGGUCCUAACAUCACUGACUGCAGUCUGGAGAAGGAGAUGAAUAAGGGUGUUGAGGGGACAGGUCUGGCAUUCAUAGCGUUCACUGAGGUGAUGGCCCUCUUCCCAGCCAGCCCCUUCUGGUCCACUCUGUUUUUCCUAAUGCUGCUCAACCUGGGCCUCAGCACCAUGUUUGGGACCAUGCAGGGAAUCCUCACACCCCUUAUGGACAAUUUUAGCCUCUUGGGACGCCACAGGACCAUACUCACUGUGUCCAGCUGUGUGUUAGGGUUCAUGAUAGGACUGUUGUUUACUCAGCGCUCGGGCAACUAUUUUGUGACUAUGUUUGAUGACUACUCAGCAACCCUGCCAUUAGUCAUCGUAGUCAUUUUUGAAACCAUCAGUGUGGCGUGGGUUUAUGGAACUGAUCGCUUCCUGGAUGAUAUUGAAGUCAUGCUCAAAUGGCGCCCUCCGGUGGUGUACAAAUAUCUUUGGAAAUACGUCUGUUUACUGGCGAUGGUUAGUCUUCUGGCUGCCAGUUUGUUGCGCAUGGUCUUGAAAGGCCCUACGUACACCGCCUGGAAUCAAAGCACAGCCUCUGAGAUGACUCUCGAGUACCCUGGCUGGGCCCUGGCUAUGAUCGUCAUGCUCAUAGUCUUUGCUAGCUUGCCUGUGCCCGUUGGCUACAUCCAUUCCAUGCUGAAAAACCACCAGGUGCGUAACACUCACCCCGCAGAGGGAGGCGGCCAGGAGCUGCACCGUGACCUGUAUGCCAAGUGCAACUCUACCGAGCAGCUGGAUUCCAACUCCCUCCUCCAAGUCCCCUCUGAGGAAGACGAGGCCCGUCUCAGGACUGCCUUCCUGCCCGCAGGCAGCGAACACUACCGGCUCCUGCCCCAGCAGGAGGAGGAAGAUGAGGAGCAAGAUACAGGAGUGUGAGCACAGCGGCCGGAGGGUCAUUGUUUGUGAAAGGACAAAAUGUUGAAGCUUCGGUACAAGCAAGACCCUGAGAGAGAAAGAGAGAGAGAGAUGGCAGAGUGAAGGGAGGACGUUUGUGAAUGGAAUUAUAGUUUAUCAGAGGAAGAGUCUUUGGGUCGUACCCUGUUGUCAUAUUCAAGCAAGUUUUACAUUGCUGACAAACCAAAGUUAUUUUAACUAUUUAUAUUAGUGAAGGUACAUUACCAGUCAAAUCAAAAGCUUUUUAGACUGUGUAGUUAUGAAACUACAACUUCAGCUCCUCUUUGUACAUCCCUCCAUUCAUUAUCUGAACCACUCAUGUUGUUCACAAA